AUGGAAAACGGGGCCAGAAUGAUCCUGCAGAAACUUCCUGAUGAAAACAGGGGAGGGGGCGGGGGCCGGCGCGGACGGGACCGGAGUCGCCGCAGCCGCCGGCCCGGCCGCAGCCGCGCAGACACCGCCCGCGACGCAGCCGUGCGCCGCUCCUCUGCCGCCUGGCUCGGCGCUUCGGCCCGGCUCUGCCGCAGCGGCUGCGAGGAGGAGCCGCCGGAGCGCGAUUCGGGAGUCCCGGGUCACGGCCCGGCCGCCGGAGCCACCGCCAGGCCUCCCCAAGAGGCGCCCGCGCUCCUGCUGCCGGCCGCCCCGACCCUCCGCCACGUCCGCAGCCACCUGCCGCGGGCCCGACGCCAGGACACGAUGCUCUCCGCGCUGGUGCUCUCGGCGUUGCUGCUGCUGCUGCGGUGCCCCGCUUGUGCACCAGGAACUCCGCACACCCCCGCUGAGACGCCAGCUGUUACUAGCACCUCUGAGCCUCUGCAGCCUACAGGCACUUCAUUGGGAUCCAGGACCACGUCUCCUGUCAGGCGACCCACAAGCUCCAUUGCUCAGUGGGCGUCAACUGCCCCCCAAGACUCCAGCAUCCCUUCUCCCACCUUCUCAGUAAUUCAAGCAGAUGUGGGACAGAUACGUUGCUAUUCUCCUGAAAAGCCGAAUGAGAAGAUGCUCAUCCUGAAUGUCUCGAAAACUGACAUCUCGAAAACCGACAUCUGUAAUGCAGUCGCUUCGAAUGACAAACUGGUCACACUUCUGUGCCGAGCAGCAAAAGCCUCCUUCAACCCAGCUCACGAUGAGUGCCAUGUACAGCUGGCACCCUUUCCAGGAACCCAGGAAGUGGCAGUCAAACAAAUCAGUAUCCUCACAAAUCUCCUUCCCACGGAUGUUUAUGAAUUCCUGAAAGACAAGCGGGAUGAGCUGAAAGAGAUGGGAGUUAGUGACAUGCAGUUUCACGGUCAAGGACCACCAGAAGAGCCUGAGGACCGCUUCAGCAUGCCUCUCAUCAUCACUAUUGUCUGCAUGGCAUCCUUCUUGCUCCUGGUUGCAGCUCUCUAUGGCUGCUGCCACCAGCGCCUCUCCCAGAGGAAGGACCAGCAACGACUAACAGAGGAGCUACAGACGGUGGAGAAUGGUUACCAUGACAAUCCAACACUGGAAGUGAUGGAGACCUCAUCAGAGAUGCAGGAGAAAAAGGUGGUCAACCUUAAUGGGGAGCUGGGGGACAGCUGGAUCGUCCCUCUGGACAACCUGACCAAGGAUGACCUAGAUGAGGAGGAAGACACACACCUCUAAUCAGGUCUGCUGGCGGCCUCUGGCGGUGCACAGAACUCCAGCCCAACCACCUCAAGUGCCAUUUGGACAGGGGAGGAAAAUCCUUCCCCUUUGAGGGAAAGACUGCGGAGGGAGAGCAGACUCGGAGGGUUCCCUCCUCCCAAUCCCCACAGGCCUUAAUUUUUCCCUUUUCAAGCUGAACAAAUCACCUGAACAAAUCAUCCUCUUGUAAAAUAACCCACUAGUGCCUGAGCUCAGUGCUGCUGGGUGAUCAGGAAAGAGCCAUAUAAGGGACUUUAGAGACCAUCUAAUAGAAUCCCUUCAUUUCAUAGACGAGAUGACUGAGGCCUAAAGAGGGUAAAGUCAAGGUCACACAGCCACUGGGUGACAGAGUCAGGAUGAAAACAGAGAUCCUUCAUGAAGUGCAGUGCCCACUCCCACCAUGCCACAUCGCUGUGCUCACCUUUGCGCCCUCUCCAGAGCUGCCCUGGGCAGGGGGUGAAGCUGCCAGUGGCUGAGAUGGAGAGGAGAGCAGGGCAGACCCUGUCUCAGUGGGAUCUGAUUACUUGAAAGGAUAGGUCCUGUUUUCUGUCUCCUAUGCCAGCCUUGUCUGCCAGUGUUCCUGUCCUCUUUGCCCCCCCCCCCCCCCCCCCCCACCUUGGUUUUCAUUCCCACUCUGUCCCAGGGCCCCUGGGACUAACAGAGGUCAUUCACAAUCUUGAAACCCUUGUUCUGGAGUCUAUAGUUUCCUGGCAUUUGCUUAUGAGAUUGGGACUGACACAGCAUACAAGGCUCCCAAGGUGA